GCGCUCAUUGCGAGUAGUCCUUUCGUGCGUUCUCCAAAAAUAUACUGUGAUAAGAACUAUAAUCAUCAUUUAAGACUGAUUAAUAAAUAGUAAUGAACUAUUAGUGUUUGUGUACUGUUGUUUUACUGUGACAAAAUGUGGGGGGAAAGUAGUAAAAACUGUGAGAUCAACUGCCAAUGCUCAGGCUUAAUAACAGAAAACUUCAAGAUCAACUCCGGCAACAAUGCAACAAAACGAAAACAAGAAGAUUCACUAACAAACAACUUUAAAAUUAAAAUGAACCCCCACACACUCGACUUCUCAAAAUCACCCAUAUCCCCAAUUUACACACCGACAAAGCGAAGAAUUCUCGGAGAAAUACAAGUACCAAAAUCACCACUUGAUAGGCUAAAAUCACCCUUAACCAACUCACCGAAACAAGUUCAGCAGUUCAAAUCUCCAUUGCAAGCGAUAAACUCACCAUUACUGAACAGAACUUCACCGUUCCUAAAUCAAAUGUCACCGGUAACGGUUAAAAGUUCUCCGUUGUCCACAAGAGUGAAACGGUCACGGAUAACAAAAGUUAUGGAGGAACGGAGCAAGUUCAGGAUGGCUAAUAAGGAGAAUGAUGCUCCGAUGAUGAGUGAAACAUUUGUGAAGUUGGACGUAGAGGAAGAGACAAGAGAUUUUCUCUUCGGUAACAGAUUUGAGUCAACGAGAGAAAAAGUUACUAACUGGUCAAGUACUAAGCUGGAUUUCUCUCACACAAUUCAAAAAUCACCAAAACAGGACAGUUAUACAGUACCUGAAAAAGAAAUUACACAAGAUCUAGACGAAUUCCAGACUUUACACGAUCUAGAACAAGAGUUUGAAGCCGAUAACUUUGACCAGUGCACCAAAUACGAAAUCAUAUCAACGGAUAGUCCGGACAUCAUCUCCAGAGGACGUACCACCUCCUCAAGAAAGGUGUGCUCAAGAAACUUUGUCUUUGGAGCACCAUUGGCUGAUGAUGAAGCAUCCACAAGCUUCAACAAACCAACUGUAUCCGCAACAAGAAUGUUAAACUUUGACGAUGAAGAAUUUGAUUUUCCAUCUCCGGUUAUAAAGAAACAAGCUGCGAAGAAAUCAUUGAAAUUCACUGAGACACCCACUAAGUUGAGGCAUGAGAAGAGUGAUUCCAGUAUCGGUUCCAUGUCUCUCAGUCAGUCUCCGUUGACCAAAACAAGUUUAUACACAACCGAAUCAACCACAUCUAUGGAAAGCGGUUUUAUAUCUGAACUAGAAGAACCUUUCCUUGAAAUUGAAGAUUCGAACUCACCUAAAGUUGAGAACUUUAGCGAUCUGCUCUCCGGACAGAUUAAGUCAAAUGUUAUACCUGAAAAGAGUUUUCUACGAAGACCUUUGAAUAGGAGUUUGAGUUUAAACCCUGAGAGCAGGGCGAGAGUUUCUCUGUUCUCUAUUCUAGAGAAUCCUAAUAUGCAACGGAAUAAGAAGAGAGUGGAACGAAGUGAGAAUGAAGUGGCCAAUAAGAGAAGGAGGUCUAAUUGCCACAGUCCUAUUGCUGAAAAGGUCCAAAGGCCUGUGUUGCAACGAGCUUACUCUGAGAACAAUGCUCUUAUUAUGUCGGCCAUGGCUAGAUCAAUCGUAGAUCCGGACCUAAUAGGCGACUUUUCGGUGCCAUACGCCCUGCCUCUCACUGCUGGAGACCAUUCAGAUCUGAAGAGCAUAUCCUGUGAUACCCUGGCUGGACUCCUGAGAGGAGAAUAUGAUAAUAUCAUCAGUGAUUAUCAGAUAAUUGACUGUCGGUACCCCUAUGAGUAUGAGGGAGGUCACAUCGUGAACGCUAUCAACUAUUACACUCCAUCACAAAUCAUGACCCUGGUCGAUCAACCAGCGCCUGAAAAGAAAGAGGGAAGGAGUAUUCUGGUCUUCCACUGCGAAUUCUCAUUGGAGAGAGGCCCUAAACUCUCAAGAUUCCUCCGUUCAUCGGACCGAGCUAAGAACAAGGAUCGGUACCCAUAUCUCAGUUAUCCAGAAAUAUAUCUUCUCUACGGAGGUUAUCAAGCCUUCCAUCGAGCUCAGCCAGAAUUAUGUGCUCCAUUUGGCUACACACCGAUGAGAGAUCCCAAGCAUGCUCAGUUAUUAAAAGAACACCGGCAACACAGGUAGAAG